GGCGGCGGCGGGCCGGCGGGCGGGGUCGAGGAGGCGAUGCGGGCGCGGGGCCGGGGGCGCCUGCCCCGGCAGCUGCUGCUGCUGUUGGCGCUCUGCGUGCAGGCGGCGCGGCCCAUGGGCUAUUUCGAGCUGCAGCUGAGCGCGCUGCGGAACGUGAACGGGGAGCUGCUGAGCGGCGCCUGCUGUGACGGCGACGGCCGGACGACGCGCGCGGGGGGCUGCGGCCACGACGAGUGCGACACGUACGUGCGCGUGUGCCUCAAGGAGUACCAGGCCAAGGUGACGCCCACGGGGCCCUGCAGCUACGGCCACGGCGCCACGCCCGUGCUGGGCGGCAACUCCUUCUAUCUGCCGCCGGCGGGCGCCGCGGGGAACCGGGCGCGGGCCCGGGCCCGGGCCGGAGGCGACCAGGACCCGGGUCUCGUCGUCAUCCCCUUCCAGUUCGCCUGGCCGCGCUCCUUCACCCUCAUCGUGGAGGCCUGGGACUGGGACAAUGACACCACCCCGGAUGAGGAACUGCUGAUCGAGCGGGUGUCGCACGCGGGCAUGAUCAACCCGGAGGACCGCUGGAAGAGCCUGCAUUUCAGCGGCCACGUGGCACACCUGGAGCUGAAGAUCCGCGUGCGCUGCGACGAGAACUACUACAGCGCCACCUGCAACAAGUUCUGCCGGCCCCGCAACGACUUCUUCGGCCACUACACCUGCGACCAGUACGGCAACAAGGCCUGCAUGGACGGCUGGAUGGGCAAGGAGUGCAAGGAGGCCGUGUGUAAACAAGGGUGUAACCUGCUCCACGGGGGAUGCUCCGUGCCUGGGGAGUGCAGGUGCAGCUAUGGCUGGCAGGGGAGAUUCUGUGAUGAGUGCGUCCCGUACCCGGGCUGCGUGCACGGCAGCUGUGUGGAGCCCUGGCAGUGCAGCUGCGAGACCAACUGGGGCGGCCUGCUCUGCAACAAAGACCUGAACUACUGCGGCAGCCACCACCCCUGUACCAACGGGGGCACGUGCAUCAACGCGGAGCCCGACCAGUACCGCUGUGCCUGCCCCGACGGCUACCUGGGCAAGAACUGCGAACGGGCCGAGCACGCCUGCGCCUCGAACCCGUGUGCCAACGGGGGCUCUUGCCACGAGGUGCCCUCAGGCUUCGAGUGCCAUUGCCCGUCCGGCUGGAGCGGGCCCACCUGUGCGCUUGACAUUGACGAGUGCACCUCCAACCCGUGUGCGGCAGGGGGCACCUGCGUGGACCAGGUGGACGGCUUCGAGUGCAUCUGUCCCGAGCAGUGGGGGGGGGCCACCUGCCAGCUGGACGCCAAUGAGUGUGAAGGGAAGCCGUGCCUUAAUGCUUUUUCUUGCAAAAACCUGAUUGGUGGCUAUUACUGUGAUUGCAUCCCGGGCUGGAAGGGCAUCAACUGCCACAUCAACAUCAACGACUGUGGGGGCCAGUGUCAGCACGGCGGCACCUGCAAGGACCUGGUGAACGGCUACCAGUGCGUGUGCCCACGGGGCUUCGCGGGCCGGCAUUGUGAGCGCCAGCUGGACGAAUGUGCCAGCAGCCCCUGCCACGUCGGCCUCUGCGAGGACCUGGUCGACGGCUUCCGCUGCCACUGCCCCCAGGGCUUCUCGGGGCCGCUCUGCGAGGUGAACGUUGACUUCUGCCAGCCAAGCCCCUGCCAGGGCGGGGCCCGUUGCUAUAACCUGGAGGGUGACUACUACUGCGCGUGCCCCGAAGACGCGGGUGGCAAGAACUGCUCUGAGCCCCGGGAGCCGUGCCCUGGUGGGGCUUGCAGAGUGGUCGAUGGCUGCGGGUUCGAGGUGGGGACCAGGGUGGCCCGCGUGGCCCCCGCCGGCGUGUGCGGCCCCCACGGACACUGCGUCAGCCAGCCCGGGGGCAACUUCUCCUGUGUCUGUGACAGCGGCUUCACAGGCACCUACUGCCACGAGAACAUCGACGACUGCCUCGGCCAGCCGUGCCGCAACGGGGGCACCUGCAUCGACCAGGUGGACGCUUUCCGCUGCUUCUGCCCCAGCGGCUGGGAGGGCGAGCUCUGCGACACCAAUCCCAACGACUGCCUUCCCGAUCCCUGCCACAGCCGCGGCCGCUGCUACGACCUGGUCAACGACUUCUACUGCGUGUGUGACGAUGGUUGGAAGGGCAAGACCUGCCACUCGCGUGAGUUCCAGUGUGACGCCUACACCUGCAGCAACGGUGGCACGUGCUACGACAGUGGCGACACCUUCCGCUGUGCCUGCCCCCCGGGCUGGAAGGGCAGCACCUGCACCGUCGCCAGGAACAGCAGCUGCCUGCCCAACCCCUGCGUGAACGGGGGCACCUGUGUGGGCAGCGGGGACUCCUUCUCCUGCAUCUGCCGGGACGGCUGGGAGGGCCGCACCUGCACACACAAUACCAACGACUGCAAUCCCCUGCCUUGCUACAAUGGCGGCGUCUGCGUGGACGGCAUCAACUGGUUCCGCUGCGAGUGCGUGCCGGGCUUCGCGGGCCCUGACUGCCGCAUCAACAUUGACGAGUGCCGGUCCUCACCCUGCGCCUACGGGGCCACGUGUGUGGACGAGGUCAACGGCUACCGCUGCAGUUGCCCUCCUGGCCGGUCUGGCCCGCGGUGCCAGGAGGUGACCGUGUUCGGGAGGUCCUGCUGGUCACAGGGAGUGCCCUUCCCUCACGGGAGCUCCUGGGUGGAGGAGUGUAACAGCUGCCGCUGCCUGGACGGCCGCCGGGAUUGCAGCAAGGUGUGGUGCGGCCGGAAGCCCUGCCUGCUGGCUGGCCGGCCUGACGCCCUGAGCACCCAGUGCCCACCUGGGCAGCGGUGCCAGGAGAAGGCCCCGGGCCAGUGCCUGCAGCCGCCCUGCGUGGCGUGGGGGGAGUGCGGCGCAGAGGAGCCCUUGCUGCCCAGCACCCCUUGCCGGCCGCGCUCCGGCCACCUGGACAACAACUGCGCCCGCCUCACCCUGCACUUCAACCGCGACCAGGUGCCCCAGGGCACCACCGUGGGCACCAUCUGCUCGGGGAUCCGCGCCCUACCGGCCACGAGGGCAGUGGCCCGGGACCGCCUGCUCGUGCUUCUCUGUGACCGGCCGUCCUCGGAGGCCAGCGCGGUGGAGGUGGCCAUGUCCUUCAGCCCGGCACGCGACCUGCCGGACAGCAGCCUGAUCCAGAGCGCAGCUCAUGCCAUCGUGGCGGCCAUCACCCGACGGGGGAACAGCUCGCUGCUGCUGGCUGUCACCGAGGUCAAGGUGGAGACGGUCGUCAUGGGUAGCUCCUCCACAGGUCUGCUGGUGUCGGUGCUCUGCGGCGUGUUCAGCGUGCUGUGUCUGGUGUGCGUGGCUGUCUGCAUGUGGUGGACCCGCAAGCGCAGGAAAGAGCGGGAGAGGAGCCGGCUGCCACGGGAGGAGGGCGCCAACAACCAGUGGGCCCCGCUCAACCCCAUCCGCAACCCCAUCGAGCGGCCGGGCGGCCCCAAGGACGUGCUGUUCCCCUGCAAGAACUUCACGCCAGCCCCGCGCAGGGUGGGUGAGGCGCUGCCCGGGCCGGCGGGCAGCAGGGAGGACGAGGAGGACGAGGAGCCCGGCCGCGGCGAGGACGACUCCCCGGAGGCCGAGAAGUUCCUCUCGUGCAAGUUCACCAAAGACCCCGGCCGCUCGCCUGGGAGGCCGGCCCACUGGGCCUCGGGCCCUAAGGUGGACAACCGCACCGUCGGGAGCCUCGGCGCCAUGUGCCGUGCCGUCCGGGAGUAGGGCUGCGGCCGCCAGCUGGGCCGGGACCCAGGACCCCUCGCCGGGUGCCACGCCACCCGCCGGACCGCAGGAGGCCGAGGCCGUGUGCAUAGUUUCUUUAUUUUGUGUAAAAAAAAAACACCAAAAACAAAAAACAGAUGUUUAUUUUCUAUGUUUCUGUAAGCUUGUAUAAGUUAUUGGGUAACUGUCAGGCGGAAAACAACGGAGUAUUCUCGGAUAGUUGCUAUUUUUGUAACGUUUCUGUGUGUCGCGCUCGCCGUGUGGCAGGAAAAAGCAAGGAUGUCUGUGUUCUCACCAAAUCGUUGAGCGUUUGUUCCCAGAGGUGGUGCGCUGUUUACAGAAUCUUCCUUUAUUCCUCACUUGGGGUUCUCAGUGGCUCCAGGCCAACGAGCCAGUGGGACCCAUGGCUGUCGGUGGGACCCCCCGAGGCUGACAGCGGGACCCGUGGCUCUCAGUGGGACCUGUGAUGUUCGGCGUGGCCCGUGGCUGUUGGUGGCACCUGCGGUUGCAGUGGGGCUUGAGGUCAUUGGUGGGGCCCGUGGCGGUCGGCGUGGCCUGAGGCCCGUAGGCAGACCCUCGCCAGCUCGCCAGCCCGUGCGCUGCAGCCUGCCGUCCUCGCUCGCUCCUGCCCAGAGCACUGGCUCCAGAGAUCUCUCAACUGUGCUUUCAGAAGUGCCCUUCCUGACUGCUCUGUUCUCCCCGGGACGGUGGCAGUACUGAAGCUUGUGACAAGUGCCUUCACACAGACUCUCCCCUCGCAACUGUCAACGUUUGCCGUGGGCACCAGGCCGCUGCCCACCUGCUGGCCCCGGCCGCCCCUCCUCGUGAAAGUGCAUUUUUGUAAAUAUGUACAUAUUAAAUGAAUCACUCUGUAUAUUUGAUUUAAUAACUUAAAUGUUUUGUCCUCCCUUGUUCUUUGGGUGCUGUU